GGCAUGCCAUGUGUUAAGGAAAGUGAGGGAUCUUGUUUCGUGGGGAAGUUGCACCCGCUGUUUACUGGGAAGUUCUGCUGUUUCCCUCUUUGGCAGGACUUGUGCGGGGGAGGGGGACCUCAAGGUUCGCUUAUGAUUAGGAUGAAAACAGAAAACUGAAGGUGUAACUCGGAUCGGAAACGUUACUUUAGGUGCACAAAAGCGCUGGCAUGCACACCCAUCGAAGACAUGUGGAAUGUUUAUCUCCUUGCAAAACCACUGAUCGACCUUUUACAAGCAUUCCAUUUAGAAGGUAUCCUGAGUUGUUGCUCCUAAACUACUUGAAGAGAUAUAAAGUGUUGAAAUAUGUGGUUUCUACUGCUUCUGCUGUUGAAACUGGUAUCCUAGAAACUUCUUCAUUGUUUUUUGCCUUAAGUCACUUGUCACAGAACCUCAUCUUCAGAUAUCUACAGAACAGGUCCAGAAUUCAAGUGUGGCUGUAUGAACAGGUGAACAUGCGGAUAGAAGGGUGUAUUAUUGGGUUUGAUGAAUACAUGAACCUGGUGCUGGAUGAUGCUGAGGAGAUCCACUCCAAAACAAAAUCAAGGAAACAGCUGGGUCGAAUCAUGUUAAAGGGAGACAAUAUUACUCUUCUACAAAGCGUUUCUAACUAGAAGCUACUAUCAUCUGUGCUCUAAUUAUAAUGUUAAUCUUUAAGUACAUGGACAAAAAAGUGUGGUUUAUUCUGUCAAUUCCAAACUGUGUUUCAGUAUCUAAGGAGAGAAAAGAAUGAAGCCAGUUUUAGUUUGUGCUUACAUAGUUUUGAUAACGUUUUUUAACAUUGGAGUGAUAUUGUAGUUCUUCAUUAAUAAAAAAAAUUAUGUUAAUAGUUUAAA